AUGAGCGCAGGUUUCGCCAUGGCGGCUCUCCACAACCAACAACUGUGUCUGAAGGUGAUCUUUUCUGAACAAGUCAACUUUACCACGGCGAGAGCGAGAUGUGAGGCUUUCGACAAUGGUCGUCUUUUCGUCUCCGACACAGUAGACAAGUUGAAUCUUCUCCGUCAGAUUCACGACGCUGUUAUGAAUGGUAGCAGGUUUAAUUUGUACGUGGGUAUGAACGACAUUGUCACAGAGGAUGAAUUCUACUGGGAAGAUGGGAGGCUGGUCACCGAGGAAGAGAAGAAGCUGUUGUUUCAACCAGGCCAGCCGGACAAUUAUCGGGGAAAAGAAGACUGCGUGAUGUUUUUGUCACACGUUCACAAACUAAAUGACUGUGGAUGUAGUCUCAGGCUCGGGUAUGUUUGUGAACAACAUUCUGAGGUGAGCGAUUGA